GCUCGAGUGAGGGGGCGUGGCCAGCCGCAAAUCCCGGGCGAGGGGGCGGGGCCCGGGCAACUGGGUCCCAGCGCCGCUGUGGCUGCGGCUGCCUCAGCGACGGCUCCCGCCUCCCCACCCCCCUUCCCCCCGGCUCCUUCCCGCCUGCCGCCGCGGAGACCCAGGCCGAGGCUGGGGAGGACAGUGGAGCCGAGCCCAAGCUGUUCCCCUGCCCCCGCCACUGGAGCAUCUUCCGGAGGCAUUGGCUGAGGGGGAGCCCCGCAGCCAGAGCUCGUGGCGCACACGCGCCCCCCCCCCCCCCACCGCCAUCCUCUCUUUCCUCCCUCCCCUUCCCUCUCUCCUCCCCUCCGCCCCCCAGCCUCCGCUGCGGCGGGAGGAAGAACCUUUUCCGACCAGCCAGGAGAACCCAGAUCGAUUCCCAUUUGGGGAGAAAGAAGAGACCUCGCACUCGGAAUAGACGACCGCUCGCCCCAGGGCCACGGAAGUGGCUCGGCGCUCACAGGAGAGCCCCCGCCGAGCGCAACCACCCGACCCUCGCCUAGCAGCUGCCGCAGAGACAGCGCUCCCCAGGGGGCCCCCCGGCCCCGCGGAGCCCACUCCCUGCGCGGGCCCGGGCCGGCGAUGCCUGGCACUGCAGCGGCGGUGGCCGCGGCUGCUGCUGGUACUGCCACCGCUGCCACGGCUGCUGGCCCGGGCCCGGGUCGGGGGCUCGAGUCUCCGCAGUGGGGCUGAGCCCGCAGCCCCGCCCCCCGAGCCUGAGGCCGCUGCUCCGCCGGGCGCCGGGCCUCCUCCGCCCGCGCCUCCGCCCCAGGAGCUGGAGCCAAGCGGGGAGCCGGGGCCCCGCGCCCAGGCCCGGACCAUGCACGGCCACCGAGCCCCGGGGGGCGCCGGGCCUUCCGAGCCCGAACACCCAACCGCCAACUCCCCCGGCGCCGCGCCACCGGUCUAUGCCGACUCGGACCCUGGAGCCUCAGAGCCCGGACUGCCAGUGCCCAGGGGAUCAGGCUCGGCUCUCAGCAGCCCCUUGGAUCCCCAGUUUGCCGGAUCCUCGGACACCAGCCUGGGAGUCGCUCCAGGCCCCCGGGUCUUGCCCUGCGGCCCCAGUCCACAGCACCACCGGGCCCUGCGUUUCUCCUACCACCUGGAGGGCUCGCAACCCCGGCCUGGGCUGCACCACGGAAACCGGAUCCUGGUUAAAAGUUUGUCCCUUGAUCCUGGCCAGAGCCUUGAGCCUCAUCCAGAAGGUCCCCAGCGACUUCGCUCAGACCCCGGCCCUCCCACUGAAACCCCCAGCCAGCGUCCUUCACCACUGAAGCGGGCACCAGGCCCAAAGCCACAGGUCCCUCCGAAGCCCAGCUACCUGCAGAUGCCCCGGAUGCCCCCACCACCUGAGCCCAUUCCACCCCCGCCAUCACGUCCACUGCCUGCAGACCCCCGAGUGGCCAAGGGCCUUGCCUCCAGGGCAGAGGUCAGCCCCAGUUCUGCAGCAGUAUCCUCACUGAUUGAGAAAUUUGAAAGAGAGCCUGUGAUUGUCGCCUCGGAUAGGCCAGCCCCUGGCCCCAGCCCAGGUCCCACAGAGCCAGCCAUGUUGCCGCAGCCACCCCUGCAGCCACCAGUGCCCCAGCUCCCUGAGGGCGAGGCCUCCCGCUGCUUGUUCCUGCUGGCUCCCGGGCCCCGGGACGGCGAGAAGGUGCCCAAUCGGGACAGCGGCAUUGACAGCAUCAGCUCACCAUCAAACAGCGAGGAGACCUGCUUCGUCAGUGAUGAUGGGCCCCCCAGCCACAGCCUCUGCCCCGGGCCCCCUGCCCUGGCCAGUGUCCCUGUUGCUUUGGCUGACCCCCACCGGCCCAGCUCCCAGGAGGUUGACAGUGACCUGGAGGAGGAGGACGACGAGGAGGAGGAUGAGAAGGACAGAGAAAUCCCAGUGCCCCCGAUGGAGAGACAGGAGUCUGUGGAGCUGACUGUGCAGCAGAAGGUGUUCCACAUUGCCAAUGAGCUCCUGCAAACUGAGAAGGCCUACGUUUCCAGGCUCCAUCUCCUGGAUCAGGUAUUCUGCGCCCGGCUGCUGGAAGAAGCUCGGAACCGCAGUUCCUUCCCAGCUGACGUCGUCCAUGGCAUCUUCUCUAACAUCUGCUCCAUAUAUUGCUUCCAUCAGCAGUUCCUGCUGCCUGAGCUAGAGAAGCGCAUGGAGGAAUGGGACCGCUACCCACGCAUUGGAGACAUCCUACAGAAGCUGGCACCCUUCCUCAAGAUGUAUGGCGAGUAUGUAAAGAACUUUGAUCGGGCCGUGGAGCUGGUCAACACCUGGACAGAGCGCUCCACCCAGUUUAAAGUGAUCAUCCAUGAGGUACAGGUAAGCAGUGAAGCUGGAUGGGGCCGACUGGGGUGGACAGGUCUGCAGGGACCCAGUCAGGGGUCUUUGGCCAGACCUGAACACUCUUGCUUCUACCUGUCACAGAAGGAGGAAGCCUGUGGCAACCUGACAUUGCAGCACCACAUGCUGGAGCCCGUGCAGCGCAUUCCCCGUUAUGAGCUGCUUCUCAAGGACUAUCUGUUAAAGCUGCCCCAUGGCUCCCCGGACAGCAAAGACGCCCAAAAGUCUCUGGAGCUGAUAGCCACAGCAGCAGAGCACUCUAAUGCUGCCAUCCGCAAAAUGGAGCGAAUGCACAAGCUGCUGAAGGUAUAUGAGCUGCUAGGGGGUGAGGAAGACAUUGUCAGCCCCACCAAAGAGCUCAUAAAAGAAGGCCACAUCCUUAAGCUGUCAGCAAAGAACGGGACCACUCAAGACCGAUACCUCAUACUAUUCAACGACCGUCUCCUUUACUGUGUGCCCAGGCUGCGGCUACUUGGUCAGAAGUUUAGCGUGCGGGCACGCAUCGAUGUAGAUGGCAUGGAGCUAAAGGAAAGCUCCAACCUCAAUCUGCCUCGGACCUUCCUGGUGUCAGGAAAGCAGCGCUCCCUGGAGCUCCAGGCCAGGACUGAGGAGGAGAAGAAAGACUGGGUCCAGGCCAUCAACUCUACCCUCCUGAAGCAUGAACAGACGCUAGAGACCUUCAAACUGUUGAACUCCACAAAUAGGGAAGAUGAAGACACACCCCCCAACUCUCCAAAUGUGGAUCUUGGGAAGCGGGCACCUACACCCAUCCGAGAAAAGGAAGUCACCAUGUGCAUGCGCUGCCAGGAGCCCUUCAAUUCCAUCACCAAACGCAGGCACCACUGCAAGGCCUGCGGGCAUGUGGUUUGUGGGAAGUGCUCCGAGUUCCGGGCCCGCCUCGUCUAUGACAACAACCGCUCCAAUCGUGUGUGCACUGACUGCUAUGUGGCCUUGCAUGGGGUGCCCGGGAGCAGCCCAGCCUGCAGCCAGCAUACACCCCAGCGCCGGAGGUCCAUCCUGGAGAAACAGGCCUCAGUCGCUGCGGAGAACAGCGUCAUCUGCAGCUUCCUGCACUACAUGGAGAAGGGCGGGAAAGGCUGGCACAAGGCAUGGUUUGUGGUCCCUGAGAACGAACCCUUGGUGCUGUACAUCUACGGAGCCCCUCAGGAUGUGAAAGCCCAGCGCAGCCUGCCCCUUAUUGGCUUUGAGGUUGGGCCUCCUGAGGCUGGGGAACGGCCUGACAGACGGCAUGUCUUCAAGAUCACCCAGAGCCACCUGAGCUGGUACUUCAGUCCUGAGACAGAGGAGCUGCAGCGGCGCUGGAUGGCUGUGCUCGGCCGGGCAGGCCGUGGGGACACGUUCAGCCCAGGGCCCACACUGUCUGAGGACAGGGAGAUGGAGGAGGCACCAGUGGCAGCUUCAGGAGCCAAUGCUGAACCCUCCGAAACCCCCCAGACCCGAGACAAGACCUAGAGGGUUUGUGGGUAACUGGGGCCCCGUGCUCCACACUCUAGCUGCCCAUGUCCAAUUGAGGGCCCCAGUCCCCUCUCUCCCAGCUGUCGAUACUUGAACUCCCAUCAUGGGCACUUUCAAUCUUGAAUGCUGGGUCUUGGGUUUUUUAAUUCAUCUUUUCACAAAACCUGGGCUUUUAAAAAAAUAUUCCUACAGUGAUGUUAAUUUUUUUUAAACCCUGUUCUCCAGUGAGGGUGGGAGCUGUUGCUAGACCUGCCUGAAUUAGGCCAUUUUCCCCCAACCCCUCAAUACCCUACAGAUCCUGCCUACACCACCAAUUCCCCUCAAAGCACCAGAGGCAGGAGAUCUGGAUUUAAGUGCCAGCUCUGCCACUGACCCCAUGGCCCUGGCCCACGCCUGCCCCCUCAAACAGUGUCUUCACACGUAUGAUGCUACGUGGGGUGGUGACCAGACCCCUUCUGUCUCUCCCAUGGCUUACAGCUUCUACCCAGCCCCAAGGUUACCCAGUAUUUUAUCGUCCAGACCCAUGGCAGGGCCACUGGGCAGGACAGGGGAGCAGGGGGGAGGACAAUGAAUACUCUUUGUUUUGUUUUUUAAAGAAAAAUACAGUUUAUUUCAGGCUUA